AUGGGGAGGGACCUGGCCUUGAUUCUGGAGCAGCAGAUAGUGGACCAUGAGCUUCUUCUGCAAGAUGAGGCAGGAGAAACAGCAAGUUCUGGCCAAGCGCUCACCAUUCUGCAGAAUAAGGAUCAGAACUUUACAGAGGUAAACGGUCUGUUCUUUUUACUAUUACAGCAGUUCAUCGUGGCCCUGUCAUUCACCUCCUUCACCAAAGCUGUCAGGGACCUACAUGAAGAGUGCCAUCACUCAGAGAGACACUUUGACCUGUCCAGCUCUCUCAUCGGACUCAUAGACGGCAGCUUUGAGAUGGGUAACCUGCUGUUCCUGGCUGUGGUCAGCCAUUUUGGGGCGAAGCUGCACCAGCCCAGGCUCAUUGCUAUGGGCUGUUUCCACAUGGCUGUAGGAUCCUUCCUCACAGGCCUGCCACACUUCUUCAUGGGACGGGCCCACUUAACUGCCAAGAGCUCCCGGUUGCCUACAUCGUAGUUGCCUUCCGCUGGUCGAGAACCGCUUGGAGAGAAAGGCGCAUGGGUGCAGUUUCUUGUCCUCCUCGUUCCGCUGUGA